AUGCCUGCGAUCACAGCCAAAGACGAUGGCUUAAAACGCAAGCGCAAGGUCACCAAGGACGAUGUGAAGAAGAGGGCACGAGCGGGUGAGAGUGGCAGCGACGAUGAAGAUGUCCAUUCCCAGAUCCUCUUAUUAGAGGCUGAAAUCCUGGAAUCCAAGAAGAAUUACAACAACAUUGUGAAACUUAUCAACAUCGCCAAGGAUCAUGAGUCGGACACCGAGUCCGCCAUCUUCGCUUCCGUGGCUUUAUGUCGAGUCUUCAUCCGAUUGCUGGCGGCCGGGAACCUCACGCUCCAGCGCGGUGCCUCUGACAAGGAGGCCAUCGUCAUUCAAUGGUUGAAGGACCAGCUAUCCGAGUACAAGGCCAUUCUCGUUACUCUUGUGUCCGACCAAGACCUAGCUUCAACCGCAUUAACCCUCGCGAUGAAGGUGCUGAAGGCCGAGGGUGAGCAGCUCAACGCCAACAAGGACUUUUACGUGUUUCCAAAGGAGUUCCUCGAACACAUUGUGCUGGCCCUCGUAAAGUCCAAGAAUUCUGAUGCGCGCGAGGAAUUUGUCGAGAAGUAUGUGGACGAGUACGACGACGUGCGCUUCUUCACACACCAAGCCACCAAGAACAUUCUUACAACCCGGUCUGCCGAAUUCACAGACCCUGAGUGGUUCGACCUCUUCUUUGACCUUUGCUCGCCAUCGACGGGGUCCCCGGCUCUAACGCCGAGCUGGAGGACUUCUACAUGCCCGCGCCAAAGAAGAAGGCGCACAACCUCUUUUCUCUCGCUCAGCAUAAGAAGUACGCCCAAGAAGCCUGGCUGGCACUAG